AUGUCGUCUAAGAUAAUGCUCGGUGAAAUUGGAUGUAAAAUGGUCAUUGUCGAACUUACUGUCCAGUCUAUAACAGAAAUUAGUGAGUUCUCAAGCAGUUUCAAGGCGGACGUUUGGUUCUCCCAGAUAUGGAGAGAUCCUCGACUUGACUUUACGGAUAGAAACUACUGCAUAAGGAAUAUCUCGUUAGCGGCUCAUAAACUUCCGCAACUGUGGUCUCCCAACGUGUGCUUCGUGAACAGCAAAAAGGUGGAAAUUCAUUCUUCACCAUCUCAAAAUAUUUUGCUUCUGGUAUUCCCCAAUGGAACUGUAUGGCUUAAUUUUCGGGUCUCUCUUAUUGGACCAUGUAAACUUGACCUCACCUAUUUUCCAAUGGACCGACAGUCUUGCAAUUUAGUCUUUGAGAGUUAUUCAUUCAAUACUGCUGAAGUCCGAAUAGUAUGGAGGAACUGGGAGCCUGUCUCUAUUCCCGAUCCCGACUCAAAAAACCUUCCCGAUUUCGAACUUGUUCAGUUUGUGCAUCGUAAUGCAACAUUGCUUUAUACAGCUGGAUUGUGGGAUCAGCUAGAAGUAGAAUUCACAUUCAGAAGAUUAUAUGGUUAUUACGUACUUCAGGCAUAUAUGCCAACUUAUUUGUCGGUUUUUAUAUCAUGGAUAGCCUUUUGGAUAGACACCAAAGCAUUGCCAGCGCGAAUAACACUGGGUGUUUCAUCACUUAUGGCGCUCACUUUCCAAUUCGGUAAUAUCGUAAAAAAUCUUCCCAGAGUCAGUUACGUUAAAGCUCUCGACAUUUGGAUGUUCGGUUGUGUGGGAUUCAUCUUUCUUUCGCUGGUCGAAUUGGCCGUUGUUGGUUUCGCUGAUAAGUUAGACGCAAAAAGAAAACGGCAUGCGCGGACGAUGAAACAUGCCGUCAUUCGUAGCGAUUCCAAACAGCAAUGGUUUUCGAGGUUUAGGCCCAGUCAUCAUUCUGAAGGUACCACCAAUCCUCUGGGUCCUGGUGUGUCGUUGCUUGUAGGAAUAGAAGGGAAUGGCAGUGCUCGGCAUAGGCAAUGCGACGACAAAACACGUCGGAUAAUCAUGCAAGUUGAUCAACCACGUCACUUGAAUGGCGAGAAAAUAGACGAGAUGUCAGCGAAGCUGUUUCCAUUACUUUUCACUGCAUUCAAUAUUUUCUACUGGUUCUACUACGUCGGAAUAUCCGGAGGAAUUUUUCAAUCUAGAGUCCUUUAA